GCUGCCCUUGGAAGUGUCUACAUCAUGAAUUGAUAAAAAAAAAGACGGGUCCUACAACUGUUUUGAUUUUUCAACAAGCAUAACAACAUAUGUUGUCAUUUUAAACGCGCAAUGGCGUUGUGUAGAGCUCAUGGGAAACUUUUGCGCACGCACCAUUAUUUGAGAACUUUUAUAUCUCUCUACCAUUCAGAAACAGGCGUCUAUGGUUACAACCCUCGAUGUCGAGGAAAUGUUGCUUCUAAACAAUCACAGUCACAUUCGUGUAGGCCUAUUGAAACUCACUAUUACUUUAUUUUAAUAAUUAAUCCAACAGCAGGCAUUAUUAUGUUUUAGCGGUUCUAAAUUUAAAACUUGCCAUAUGCCGAUCUCCUUAUUGUCAUAUUUUAGUUAUAUUCAAUUCAUUGGAGUCAACAAUAUGAACAGUCUCAGUCAAGUCAUGAGUCAUACUCUAUAGUUAUAGUCAUAAGUAAAUGAUUAUGAUAAAUGAUAGUCUCAUAGUCAUAGUAUUCAUGGUCUUUGAAUAGUACCCUUCCUUUGGCUUUCUCUCAAACAAAAUUACAUUUUAAAUUGUUUAAGAAAGAAACAGAACCUACUAGAACCUAGCAAUUUAAAAUUGAACUUUGAAGGCACCAAUGCCCAAUAUUUAUUUUUUAAUUCGGGGAAAGCUAACAUUAAUCAUUAAAUAGGCCUGCCUACUAAUAAAUAGUAGGCUCUAUCAGGUUUGUAAAAUUUUCAAAACAAGACUUAAUUAGUUAAAAUUUGAAAUGAAAAACCUCAAGCAGGCCCACACUUAUGAAAUUCUGGGCCCCAGGCAGCUGACACGAGUUCGGGUCCCCUUUCUUGUUUCAAACAUUUGCGUAUAUUUUUAAAACUUGAAAAAGGGCGGGCUCUUAUCUAGCUAGGGCUGCUGACAAGUUCCAUGGUUGUUCCCCCCUAGGUGUGGGCCUGCCUUAAGGAUAGAUGAAACUUUUUAUUUUCCAUGUUUUACAGUUUCAGUUCAAACAACAAUUGAACAAUGUUCUUUUUGUUUCAGAAAGCAAACAUGCCAACCUGUACUGUUUGCUAGUACUUUGUAUAGUUUUUAUAUAUUUACAAGUUUUACAACCUUACAAGCUUUUGUAAAGUUUUUAACUGGAUUUAGAAAAGAAAUAUUUUUGCACAUCACACACAUUCAAAAUUUGUGGUUAAAUAAAGGCUGCGACUAUUCAGACCCGGUAUCAGAGGUGAGAGGUUGGGUUUAUUAAAAAAUAUAAAAAUAUUAUUGUUGGGUUUGUAAGAUAAAAUUUAGUAUUGAAUGAAAGAUAAUUGAAUGGACUAUAUGUUUGUAAACCUAAUACUUCAGUUUAACUAAAAUAAACAACCACAAAUCACAUCCGUAUAGCAUUUAGUCUAAUGGGACCCGGGUCUGAAUAGCGGCGAUGCAUGUCUGGUUCAAUUUUGAUUAAAUGCUAUUCCGAUGUCAUUUGUGGUAGUUUAUUUUAGUUAAAUAGAAGAAUUAAGUUUACAAACAUAUAGUCCAUUCAAUUAUCUUUCAUUUGAUACCAAAAUUUAUCUCACAAACCCAACAAUAAUAUUUUAAACAUUUUUUUAAUCCCAACCUCUCACUUCUGGUAGCAAGAUUCCAAUCGCUACUUUGUUAAAUAAAUUCAUCUUUGGACACCAAGAAGCUCAAAUCAUAUUUAUUUUAGUUCAUAAUGACCAAGUUGAGGGUCAGUAGGCCAUCUAAAUUUGGAAACAGCACAAUUUCACUGAGAUCGAUUUUUAAUACAAAUACAGCUUAGUACGAUUAGUUACUACUUUGAUUAGUAAACCAUAAUUACAAAUCUGUUUGUGUAAUACUUAACAAAAACAGCAGUAUUCAGAAGUGUUCUUUUAAUUUAUGUUAAAUAAUUCAACAUAUUUAAUAUUAAUAUCAAUCCAGGAUAAGAAUUAGUCAUUAUUCCUAUUUAUUACAAGGGCAGGGUUAAUCCCUCUGAUACAAUGAAAAAUAAAGUUAUAAGUAUAAGUAUAAGAUGAAGGUAAAACGAACAACUUUUUGAAGACAUUAUCCAUACAUGAAAACCUGCGGCGGCAUGAAAAUCUUUACAAAAAGUCCCCAAACAUAUAUAUCUUUUUUCAUUUCAUUAUUAAUGUUUUGAAUGCAUGCAAACUUUGUCCUCUUUAUUAGUUUAAAAACUUAGAAAUAAUUACAUAUAUAGUAUGCAUUAAUAACAAUUAUGCAUGUUUUAGGAAAUAAUAUGCAAUUUAGUGACAUUAAAUUCAUCACAGAUUUUAGCAUCUUAUCUUAUUUGUGUAAAAGUUACUCAGACUUAAAUGUUUUUAAAAAUUUAAUUAUAAAACUUGUUAAUUAUACUUUUCACACUGGUACUAAUCUCCUUCUCAAAAAUUGUUCAUUAUACUUUUUACACUGCUACUAAUCUCCAUUUCAUUUAAAUAAAUACAUUUUUAAUUUUAUUGUAGACACAUCUGAAGAACUUUUGAAUCGACUCAAGUAUGCAAAUGUUGUUCAGCUUAUUGAUGCAUACCAAAGAAAUGGUCAUCUAAAGGCAGCAUUAGAUCCUCUAGGACUUCAAAAGCAAAGGUUUCAAAUAUUUAGUAUUUUAUAAAAAUCAGUAUUUGCUUAAAUGUAAAGUAUCAUUCACCACAAGAUUAUGGUCUGUUUAUAAUUAAUAAAGUCAAUUAAAUAAAAUUAUGUCAACAUUUUUAUAAAUGCAGUAUUGUUAAUGUAGUGAAAUUGUGCAUGAACUUAAAAAAUGAUUAAUUUUUAAUAAUUAUUUUGCUUGAUUUUGUUACAAGUUCAUUCAAAAAUAUCAUAAGAAUGCAUCUCAAUACCUAUAAGUGAAAUAUUUAACUGCUUCUAAAUAAAUUAUUUUGCUUUUUAGGUUAUCAUCGAUACCACUUUUUUUUUUUUUUUCACAUCAGUAAAAACUAUUUUUAUCAAUCCAUUAAUGAUUAUUGUAGUUUUAUAUUGACAAUGAAAUAAUUAUUAUUUUAACUUCAGUAAUUUACCAGAGCUUGAUUUGAGCUUAUUUGGUGUUGAGAAAAUGGGAAAUCUUGAACUCAAAACCUUGGGUUUAUUAUCAGGAGCUAGGGAGAAGAUCUCCAUCUCUGACUUAGUUCAGAGGUUAGAAAAGCUUUACUGUGGCCCUCUUGCAGCAGAGUUUCAGCAUUUACCUGUAAGUUGAUUAUUAUUAGUUCCCCAAGUUUUAUAAUUUUUGAAAAUUGUUUUAGUAUUGUUAUGUAGUAUCAAUAAAUUAUAGAAAAUUAUUUAUGAAUGAGCAUCAUUAAGACAUUCAUGCACAAUAUAUUAUUUAUUUCUCUUUCAGACGCUAGAGGAACGUCUAUGGUUUGCAGAAAAGUUUGAGACUAGAGAUCAGGCUCAGAUUACAGAUUUAAAAAAGAAAGAAUUGGCAAAACUUUUGCUAAGAUGUGAGGUUGGUCAUUGCUAUUAACAUCAAAAAAGUUAUGACCUUUUUUUCAUGGAGGUUGGUCGUUGCUAUUAACUCUGCUAGUACCCACCUUUUUGCUAUGCAGAGCCUCAGUACCAGCUAUUAUUUUGCUAAUUAUUCCCUGUGGCAUAGACAUUAUUUUGGAAAUAACCAAAAUUUGAUAGGUUUGGAAAUUAUUUUGUAAUUUUUUUUGUUUUCAACAAUUUAUAAUAACAUGUAGAGAAUUAUCUGUUCAGAACUGGAUAAGGGUGUUAAAAAUACUAAUGUGUGACUAAGGAACUUUGUAAAUGUUGCUUCUCUGGCCCUAUGCACAAAUUGGUACAACAGGGACAAUUUGUUUUUAAGUGUCUUGUUUCUUAUAUUUGUAGAUGUUGCUGUGGAUGACAACAAAUACAAAUCCGCACAAAAAACUGAGUAAUUGGUCGAUAUCAUAAUUUAAAAGGCAAAAUAUUAUUCGACUAUUCCCCUAACGAAUAAACAUUCUACCCGAGACUGGUGAAAGGUUAUAUCCUCGUUUUUGUGUUUAUAUUAGAUACCCCUCUAUGUGGCAAAUAGACGCGCUUGGGCCAUAGGGAAAAAAAAUUGUCUGGUGAAAAAUGAUGCACUUGGGCCACAGGGAAAUAAGUAGGUCACUGCAAAGAUACGCCUUUGGUGCUGUAAGGGUUAACAUCUAAAACAUCUUAUUACAUUUUUCCUGGAGGUUGGUCAUUGCUAUUUACAUCUAACAAUUAUUACAUUUUUCAUGGAGGUUGGUCAUUGCUAUUUACAUCUGACAAUUAUUACAUUUUUCCUGGAGAUUGGUCAUUGCUAUUUACAUCUAACAAUUAUUACAUUUUUCCUGGAGGUUGGUCAUUGCUAUUUACAUCUGACAAUUAUUACAUUUUUCCUGGAGGUUGGUCAUUGCUAUUUACAUCUGACAAUUAUUACAUUUUUCCUGGAGGUUGGUCAUUGCUAUUUACAUCUAACAAUUAUUACAUUUUUCAUGGAGGUUGGUCAUUGCUAUUUACAUCUGACAAUUAUUACAUUUUUCCUGGAGGUUGGUCAUUGCUAUUUACAUCUAACAAUUAUUACAUUUUUCAUGGAGGUUGGUCAUUGCUAUUUACAUCUGACAAUUAUUACAUUUUUCCUGGAGGUUGGUCAUUGCUAUUUACAUCUGACAAUUAUUACAUUUUUCCUGGAGGUUGGUCAUUGCUAUUUACAUCUGACAAUUAUUAUAUUUUUCCUGGAGAUUGGUCAUUGCUAUUUACAUCUAACAAUUAUUACAUUUUUCAUGGAGGUUGGUCAUUGCUAUUUACAUCUAACAAUUAUUAGUACUGGAGUUAUGAAAAAGAAUUAAAAAAUGACCCAAUAAAUACUAUGGAUUUGACGCAGUGCUUUAACUAUGUAUCAACAUUACCUGUUUUAUUUCAGGCAUUCGAUCACUUUGUAGCAACAAAAUUUUCAAAUGUUAAGCGUUAUGGUGGUGAAGGAGGUGAGAGUAUGAUGGCUUGUUUUGAUGAAGUUUUUAGGAAAUGUGCUGAACGUGAGUAUGUUAAUAAUUAAUAAGUAGUUUCAUUUUGGGUUAGGACUUGGUUAAGAGUUAGGGUUAGGGUUGAUCAAUCAAAUUUUCUUUUAAUUUAAUUAUUUUGAUACAUUUAAUUAAUUUUAAUGGUUUAUUAAUAUAAAUACUGCUGUUGGAGUUGAGUCAAAUAAUUACAAGUGUAACUUUUUGACUCGCUGUGUAAUGCCACCCUCUAAAUCUUCUUUUUUAAUAAAUAUAGCAUUGUAUUAUAUUAAUUGUCAUAAAAUUAAAAUUAAAAAUGCAGAUAUAGUGUUUUGAGAAAAAUACUUGCUAUUUUCAUUCUAUAGAUGAUGUCAAAGAUGUUGUGAUUUGUAUGCCACACAGAGGUCGCCUCAACUUCAUGACUUGCCUGCUCAACUUUCCUCCAGUGAUCAUGUUCAGGAAAGUGAGUCAGUUGCAGUAAAUUUUAGAGUUACAUUUUAAAAAAAUAAUCACUGUAAAAACUGAAGUUAACUAUACAAGCUCAAAGUUUAGCUAAAAUAUUUUGCCAAUUUAUGAAAUGUCAUCCAGAAAAAAAUCAUUUGCUACUUAUUGACAUAAAAAAUCAAAAGACCUAGUUAUCUACAUUUGAGAUACCACAAUAUUUAUUUUCUUUCAUUUCUCUUAGAGUUAAUGUUUUUUUUCAAAGCUUCAUACAAACAUUUUCUAACACUACACCCUAUUCACAGAUGUCCAGAUCCUAUAUUCUAAUCCAGCAUGUCCAGAUCAUACAAUAUAAUCAAGUAUGUCCAGAUCCUACAUUCUAAUCAAGCAUGUCCAGAUCCUCCAAUCUAAUCAAGCAUGUCCAGAUCAUACAAUAUAAUCAAGCAUGUCCAGAUCCUACAAUAUAAUCCAGCAUGUCCAGAUCAUACAAUAUAAUCAAGCAUGUCCAGAUCCUACAAUAUAAUCCAGCAUGUCCAGAUCAUACAAUAUAAUCAAGCAUGUCCAGAUCCUACAUUCUAAUCAAGCAUGUCCAGAUCCUACAUUCUAAUCAAGCAUGUCCAGAUCCUACAUUCUAAUCAAGCAUGUCCAGAUCCUACAAUCUAAUCAAACAUGUCCAGAUCAUACAUUCUAAUCAAGCAUGUCCAAAUCCAGUAAAAUAUAGCAACACAUACAUUUUUAAAAAAAGAUAAUUUGCUUAGACGAUUGUUUUAUCCACGCAAUUUGCUUUGAAAUUAUGAAUGCAAUCUAUUGAAAUAGAUGAAGGGACUUUCUGAGAUUCCUGCUGGUGCUAAAAGCAUCGGUGAUGUUCUUUCCCAUCUUUGUAAGUUAGUUACAGCAUCAAGAAACAUAUUAUACCGUUAUUUAAUUGUCAAAUAAAUCAGAGGCUUUAGUUUAUUUUAAAUGGUUUAAUCUAGAAUGUUCAUAUGUUUUUAGCAUUUGGUUUUAGCCAUUUAAUCCUAUAUUGAUUUUGAAAUCUAAAGGGUUUUUAAUUAUUCUAUCUCUGCGGUUAAUCUUAAAAAAAUAUAUUAUGUUAUUAUCAAGGAAAUAUUAUGAUCGACAGAUACCUCUGUUGAUCUGCCUUAUGAAGGGAAGCAAGUCCAUGUUUCUCUGAUUCCUAAUCCAUCUCAUUUAGAGGUAUAAAGCUGUGUGUUUAUGUCAUAACAGAACAUUGACAAUUUUCUUAUGAAAAUAAACAUUUACUAAUUAGGAGAGAGAAACUUACUUUGAUAUUUAACCAAUAGACAUAAUUAAAUAAAACAAAUCUAAGCAAUUUUUCAUAUAAUAUGCUGCUAAUUUGAAUACAUUAUUAUAGGUGCAUCUUGAAGCAGCCAUCUUAAAUAUUAUAUAAAUAUGAUGUAGGCAAAUAACCCGGUAGCUGUUGGAAAAGCUCGAUCCAAACUUCAGACAAGGAAAUCUGGCGACUACAGCACCAGUGACAAUGCCAUGCCUGGUGACGGGGUCUUGUGUUUACAAGUACACGGUGAUGCAAGCUUUGUUGGUCAGGUAAUUGAUCUUUCCAUUAAAAAACAGGACCAGGUAAAUUCCAUGAAAUACAGAAAUUUGGUCUUUUACGGUCUACUAACCCUGAUAGACAUAUAAAUAUAUAUUAAUAUUUUAUAUUUUUUCAUGAUCUAUUAAAAAAAAAUGACGAGUUGAAUUAAUUUAUACAAAUUGCUCGUUUAAUUUGCUUAAAAUAUCCCCAGGGUGUUGUGGCCGAAACAUUCUGUUUUGCAAACACGCCUCAUUUUGAAACUGGUGGAAGUGUGCAUCUUAUAGUCAAUAAUCAAGUUGGCUUCACUACAGAAUCUGAAAGGGGAAGGUAACUUCACAAUCAUAAAACUUAAUUGUUUUUAUAAGAUGGUUAUGGUCAUACAAAUUAAUGAUUUCCAUUAUUCAUUAAUUUAAAAAUAUAUAUAAUUAUUUAAUGGAAUUAGUGAGUAGUAUUUCUGAGAAAAAAAUAAAUGUAUGCUUCCGUUUGCAAGACAAAAACCAUUAAUUUAAUGAAUUUGUUUAUUUGCAUAUAUAGAAAGCGUAUUUUAUAUUGACACAUAUAUAAAGUGUAUUUUAAAUUGGCACAUAAGAGGAAUUCUCACUAGCAUUCAUUAAAGACGUGUUGUUUUAAAAUCAGGUCGUCACGCUACUGCAGUGAUCUAGCUAAAAUAAAUGGCUACCCAGUGAUACACGUCAAUGGAGAUUAUCCAGAAGUAAGGAUUUGAUGCAUUUAAAACAUCUUCAUUAUUGUUCACUUAAUAAGCAUUUGAUCAAAUGGUUUGUCAAGCAAUGAGUCCACACUUAAGAAACAUUUGAUCAAAUGGUUUGUCAAACAAUGAGUCCACACUUAAUAAGCACUUGAUCAAAUGGUUUGUCAAACAAUGAGUCCACACUUAACAAAACAUUUAAUCAAAUGGUUUGUCUAACAAUGCGUCCGCUCUAGCAGCAACUGGCCACAGUGUUUGGACAUUUAGAUUUUCUUUCUCCCAUCAGGAACAUUUUAAUCUUCCACUUUAAUUAUGUUGUGAGAGACUUUCAUUGAUCACUUUACCAGCGGUGGCAUCACUAGGCGUGGUUGGUGUUAGAUUUAAUUAGCGGUGGCAUCACUAGGCUUGGUUGUUGGCCCCAGCCAUGGACUGCAUCCAGAAAAAGAUGAAAAAAAUCUUGAGUAAUGUAAAGAUAUUUUACAAGGAGUAAAUUUAGGGGAUUACCCUUCUGAUAUUGUCACCCAUAUCUACCCAAACGCACCUAGUGAUGGCCCAGAUCUACCCAAACACACCUAGUGAUGGCCCAGAUCUACCCAAACACACCUAGUGAUGGCCCAGAUCUACCCAAACACACCUAGUGAUGGCCCAGAUCUACCCAAACCCAUGUAGUGAUGGCCCAGAUCUACUUAACACACCUAGUGAUGGCCCAGAUCUACCAAAACCCACCAAGUGAUGGCCCAGAUUUACCCAAACCCACCUAGUGAUGUCCCAGAUCUACCCAAACCCAUGUAGAGAUGUCCCAGAUUUACCCAAACCCACCUAGUGAUGGCACAUUGUAACUCUGUUUUUACCUACAGGUCAUGGAAUGUUGUUUCCUAACAAUAUCAUGAAAUUGUAUUGUAGGAUGUUAUACGAGGAACCUCUAUAGCAUUAGAAUAUCGCCAAAGAUUUAGAAGAGAUGUCAUCAUUGACUACAUUUGUUAUCGCAAGUGGGGACACAAUGAAAUAGACGAGCCGGCUUUCACUCAGCCAAAAAUGUAUCAAGUUAUCAAUAGCAGGAAAAGUAUUCCAGAUCUUUACUCGCAGUCCAUCGUUGUGAGUCAUCGUUUUCUCCUUGGCAUGCACUUUUCUUCUAAAAGCAUUUUUUUAAAAAUAUAUUUUUAGCGUUCAAAUUACCAGACCCUCUAAAGUAGUGUUUCUCAACCUUUCUGUUGCCGUGAUACUUAAUACAGUUCCUCAUGUUGUGGUGACACCCCCCCCCCCCAACCAUAAAUAAACAGGUUGAGAACUGCUACUCUAAAGGGUAAUUAAACAUUGUUUCCAGUUAAUACAAUUUAUUGUAAAAAUAUCAAAAGAAAUUUUCAACUUAUCAUUUUUUGCUUACCAUGUUAUAGAAUAAAACUAUUAUUAGUCCCUAUAAAGUAUUCUGUUUUUAUCUACUGGACUAUGCAGUACUUAGUGUUGUGUUCAAAUUUAUAAAGUAAAAAAGUGAGUUUGAAAAUGCACAAAUUAUGCCUCAGAAAUCUGGAGUUUGUGAUGAUGAAAGUUUAAAAGAAUCUGUAAAAUCCUGGAACAGUUACUUGGAAGAACACCUGAACCAGAUAGCUACACAUGAAACCAAAGUAAGACACAUCUCAUUUAUAAACUUGUUUGAUCUCAUUUAUAGACUUUUUUGAUCUCAUUUAUGGACUUGUUUGAUCUCAUUUAUAGACUUGUUUGAUAUCAUUUAUAGACAUGUUUGAUGUUAGGAAAAAUAAUGAUUCUACCUCAGUUAUCUAUUUAUUACUUAUUGUUAACUUUUUUAAUCUAUAUAUAUAAUUCGUCAGCAAAGGUCAAACACCACCACCACCAAGCAGGCUAUAUAUAGAUACGCCAGAGUGUGGUUCAAUAAUGAGUUCACUAGCGCACAAAAUAUAAUUCCCGAUAACUACGCUAAAGGAUAUAUAUUUUUAAUAAUGCAAUAGCGUUUGAUGCGUAAUAUUUUCUUUUCGGAAAUGAAAUCAUCUCAAUUUAAGUAUUGUGUAAAAAAAUAUUGGGUUUUAAAGUGGUUGGGACAUGAGAAUAUUAAUAUAGUGGGAGUGAAAUAAAAAGUGUGCAGUGACGUAUCAUGGGGAAGGGGUGUAGCAAAUAUUGGGAUUCUUAAAUGUGCGUUACUUGAGUUCAUGUUUUGUGAAGUAACUUUACUAGAUGGGAAGUUCACGCAUUGCUGUCGCCAGUGCUUUUUUUGUGCCGGUACGCACCGGUACGGCGUACCGGCACUUUUUUCAAUGUGGGGGAAAAAAUAUUACUUUUCUUGUAUUUUAACUUUUAUUAUUAAAUAAUACGGUAUACUAAUAAAGUAAUAAUAAAACAAUUAAGUUGGUUAAUUAUAAAAUAAAAUUGUUUUAGACAUUUAGUAUCUUUUCAUUUGUGAUUUAGCUUGCAUCGAGGUGCGAACUGGUAGUUAAAAGUUAGGCAAUCCAUCACUGAGUACUGGCACCUAUUUUUUUACAAAAGAAAGCACUGGCUGUCGCCAAUGUUUGGCGGGCUAUAUCUUGUUUACUAUAUUUUUGUCUGAGUUUUGUUUAAAUCAAAUAAAUGUGCAUUUGAAGUAGGAGUUUUGAAAUAAUUGUGUGUUUGAAGUUGGAGUCUUGAUUUCCUAUUCUGGAAGAAAGAUAAAAUAAAAAUAAGCUAUGCUGACCAUAAUGCCAAAGAAACGAAGUGAUUUAAAUACAUUCAGAUUCUUAAAAACAAUGAAGUGAUUUUCUUUAUUAUUUUACGGAAAUCGAAUAAUUUUAAAUUCGCAAAAAAUAAAAUAUAUCAAAUUUUACCUUAGUUAAUGUUUAAGAAUUAGUAUUAAAAAUUACAAAUGCAUUUAAAAUAACUAUAAAGGAACUAUUCUCAGUAUUUUUUCUGAGUUUGAAAGUUGUGAAAAAAAAAAUUAAUAAAAAAAUGAUGAUAUAAGAAUUGCAGCGUAAUCACAUUUAUUGGGAAAACCCAAACAUCCAUUGUUUUUAGUGCAUUAUUAAUAUUGUUAAAAUUAAAUUAAAAUUAAUUUAUUCUUAAUAAACAAGCAAAUGACAUGUCAUAGCCUUGAAUUGCCUAUUUUAGACACAAAUCUAAGUUUCUUUGAUCAAAUAACCAUGGGUGACAAAAUUGAUGAUGUAUUUUCUCCUUCUUAGAAGUAAAAUUAACAAAUAUAAUCGAUUGCUUUUUAAAUUGUUGAUAUAAUGUAAAAAAAAUUAGCUUUGUAUUUUUAACAUUUAAUAAGUUUUUCCUUUUUUUUUUCAUUCCAAAAAUAUACUUUUAUUAAAUUUAUACCACAAUAAAAACUUAACGUUUCAAUAUACCGGUACGGUGGAACCUCUCAUAACGAGCAUAAUUCGUUCCAGAAUCUUACUCGUAAAGCGAAACACAUGUUUAACAAAACAAUUUUUCCCAUACAAAUCAAUGUAAAAUACAAUAAUGCGUGCCAUGCUGAAAAAUACUCAUUUUCUAAAAAAAAAUUUUAUUUACAUUUAUUCAAAUAAAAUUACUUAUGAAUUGUUAAGGAGUGUAACAACUUAGAAUACAAUUUUGAUUUGAAACAAAAAACGAAAAUAAAAAUAUGAAUUUAUGACAAAUAAUUAAUCCUUUUUAACUAGAAAACUGUCUAAGACAUUUGUUUUUGCAGACACUUCAAAAUUUGACGGAAAUGUGUCAUAGCAUUAUCAUUGAAUAAAUUUGUAGCACGAAUAGCCACCUCCUUAUUAGGGUGAUGCUUCUCAAUGUACGAUGCAACAGUUUCCCCAUGCUUUCAGCAUUUCUCUUACUGCACUAGAAGAUUGUUGCUCUGCUACUUCCUCCUCCAUUAAUGAGCUCUCCUCCAUAAUUUCUUGCUGUGAAACACGAUGCAACUCCAUAAGCUCUUCGGUGGUCAACUCUUGACUGUGCUCUUUCACAAGCUCUUCAAUAUCGUUGUUGUCCACCUCGAGUCCCAUGAUAUUGGCCAAUGACACAAUCUUGUUAACUGUAGACUCUGCAGGUACUGUUUCAAAAUCACAUUCAACAACACUCUGUGGCCAAAGCAGAAGUGAGGGUUCUCUUGGUAACUCCUUCCCAAGCCUUGUCAAUCAUCUUGAGGCAAGCAAAUAUGUAAAAAUGAUAUUUCCAAAACUCUCUAAGAGUGAGAUAUGUCUCUUCAGUAACUUCAAAACAACGCUCGAAGAGUGUUUUAGUGUAGAGUUUUUUAAAGUUAGAAAUAACCUGCUGGUCCAUAGGCUGGAGUAACAGAGUGGUUUUUGGAAGGCAGAAACUGGAUAUUGAUGAAAUUAAAUUCUUAAUGAAUAUCAUCUUGUAGGCCUGGAGGAUGAGUGGGCGCAUUUUCCAUAACAAACAAAACAUGAAGAGGAAGUUUCAUCUCAAGCAAAUAUUUUUUUUACGGAAGGACCAAACACUUGAUUGAUCCAAUCAGUGAACAUGUCACGUGUCACCCAGGCCUUCUUGGAGCUCCACAUCACAUUUAGUCUGCUCUUCUGGACAUUACACUUCUUAGAGGCUCAUGGAGUUUCUGGAUGGUAAACAAGCAGCGGUUUAAUUUUCAAAUUGCCGUUUGCAUUGGCACAAAAUAGCAGCGUGAGGCAGUCUUUCAUUGGCUUGUGGCCUGGCAAUGCAUUCCCUUCUGCUGUUAUAUAGGUUCACUUUGGCAUUUUUCCAGAAGAGACCCGUCUCGCCACAAUUAAAAACUUGUUGCGGCAGGUAACCCCCAAGAUCUAUGAGCUUCUUGAAUUCACUGAUGAAGUUCUCUGCUGCUUUUGUGUCAGAGCUUGCUGCUUCACCAUGCCUACAACGCUGUGGAUGCCGGUACUUCUCUUAAACUUCUCGAACCAUCCAUGACUUCCCUUGCUUUGUAGUUCUUUUUCGGCAGUAGAUGAUCCUGGUGUUUUCUUAACGAGGUCAGUGAAAAUAAGUUUUGCCUUCUCACAAAUAAUGUUUUCGUUAAUAGUGUCGCCUUGUAAUCACUUCUGGUUUAUCCAUAUUAGAAGCAACCUCUCAACAUCUUCAAGAAUAUGUAAUCGUUUCAUAGACAUUCUUGACACUCCCUUUGAAGCAUCCAUCUCCUUAACUCUUUCCCUCCGGAAUUAUUUUCCACGUUCUGACGGAAUUAUCUAUUUUGGGUUUUUGUUACGCACCACUAUGUUUUCUAUAAACCUUCAUAACUUUUUUGUUUUUAAUCAGAAAAUGUUAAUUUUGGUAUUAAAUUAAAGGGAAAUGCAUGCUCUUUGCAUGCAAGCAAGAUUGGGUUUAAUUUUUAAUAAAUAAAUGUGAUUGUGAUUUAAGGAAAAUACAAAUUUAUUAAAAAAAACUCACCAAAUGUUCACAAAACGCUCAUUCCAAGUCACACGAGGAGAAAUACAUAAUCCAAAGUGUAACAAAAAUGUUUUUUUCUGAACAAUAUCCAUAUGUGCAUCACAAAUAAUAAAGAUCAACUUUCAAAAAAGAAAAAAUUAAACCUCAGAGCACAUUAUCCAUUGUCACCGCCACACAAAAAAUGUGCAAAAAAAUUUAACUAAUUCCACUGGAAACAAUCUGUUGCUAUUUAAAAAAUAAUUGAACUGUAUCCUUGUAUGUACUAACAUUUAUAAUAGUAAAUGGAAAAUUUACUAUACAUUUGUCACAUAUUUCCAUCUGGGUUUAGCUAUAGUAAGCCUAAAAAAUAAUCCAUAUGGAUGUGCGCUUUACCUGAGGGGCGGGGAUGGUUGUUAGUAAGCUGAUGAAUUAUCAAUUUCAUUAUUUCGUCACUAGUAAUACUAGUACUAGGAUUAUAAUCAUUUGAUUCAACAGAAUCAGCCUCUGCAUUUGAAAUCAUAAAAUCAGUGAUUGAAUCAUCAUCAGAGUAAUAUUUUCCACCUUUAUUAGAUCGAUCACCAGAUGGGUCAGGUCAAGAUUUCAUAUUUGUAAACAAAAAUAAAAUGGACAAUCAAAACAACCGCUUCAAACAAUUCGUUCUUCGUUCAAACACAGUAAAACCGGAUGUUUAUAAUAGGGAAAUCAUUCUAGAAUUGAUUUAAAAUAACUAAAUACCAAUAGCUAAGAAAAGAACCGAAAUAAACAAGUUUUUAUACAUCGACGAUCCCAUCGUCGAUACACCAAAAUCUUCAUUUCAAAUCGACGAUGGGAGCGUUGAUCCGGAGGGAAAGAGUUCAUUUUGUUUUUGUUCUUAAGAAUAGUGCAGAUCGUUGAUGUUGGCCGAUUGUAUGUGCGCGCUAGAUUAGCCACGCUCACACCUUGUUCUCGCUUUUCAAUGAUUUUACGUUUCAUUUCAACAGUUAUUUUUUUCUCUCUCAUGAUUGUCUUCUUAUGGUUUUUUCUUCGAAGACAUUUUAGCACAGGUUAUUACACUUUGCACAUAAAAAAAUUACGAAUACUGUCUGAAUACAAAAUUUGAAAAACUGGUGAUCACACACGAAAACAAUACGCUAACAGACUAAUGCAUCGGUUCCGGAUCACAAAUGAAUGUCGGGGAAAAAGGGACUUCCCCUUUCUGCGUAACUCGUUAUGCAAAAUGUGGCUCGUUAAGGGAGUAACUUCUUCCCUUUUUUUUUGCUCGUUAUGCGAAUUACUCGUUAUGAGAGGUGCUUGUUAUGAGAGGUUCCACUGUACUUUUAAUAAGAAAAUGCUGUUGAAGUCAAUCAGUGCAAUAAAACUCCAUAGUCAAAUAACAUUGACUAUUGCACUUAUCACUCAUCCAAAUAACAAACCAUAUCAAGUGCAACAAACUGUGUUUCCUACAAUCCAGUAGAUGAUUUAAUUAAAAUCUGGAGAGUGGGGAGUCGAUACUUCCAUUUUUCCUGAGGCCGUACAAGAUGCACAUUAAAAUAAAGGAAUGAAUUUAAUAAAUAAUUAACCUAUAUAGAUACAUAUGUAUCGGGAUAGGAAAUAGGGUGUGUACAUUUUUACCUGGAUGACAAUAUCUUUAAAUCCUAUGAAAUUGGAGUUGGGAAAAAGAGAUGUUACAUUCUCUUUUUACAAAUAAACAUAUGUUCACCAUUAAGAAAAUCAAUGGUAUUAACAAAACGUGGGAACAUUACAUAAGUGUCUCCAUGAAUAUAAAAACCCAAUCAUUUUAAACACUUGAAAAUUUAAUUUGGAAAAAUAGAGAUGAGUUAAUAUUUUCUUUUUUUAAAAAUGAAAAUAUAUUUUUGUUUUUACUUUGCGAAAAGUAAAGUGGGUGUAUAAUGUAAUGAGAUUAAUAAUAUUUCUGUAAAAAGGACACUCAAGGUUGUUACAGACAGGAAAAAUGGUUAAGAUAUUCUUAUUUCGAUAAAAGAGUUCUUUUUUUUACAAUUUUCUGAUAUUAUAGUUAAAUAACAAAGGCAAUAGUUUGGUUAAAUUUUUAAAGAAGAUAUCAGUAUAUCGAAUUCCGUUAAUAUAAAAUUUAUUUAAAAUGGUAUAUAGAGUUUUUGUUGUAUAUUUAAGAUUAAGUUUUCACAAUUUUUAGUGAAAAUUAGCUUAGAGGCACAAAAAGUGGUAGUAUGCCCAACAUUUAACAAUUUAAAAACACAUGACAUCUAAAGUAUAUCGCUAGAGGAGAAAUCAGCUGUCAAAGAACUCCUUUACGGACAAUAAUGAUUUAAUUAGUUAUCAUUUAGAUUUGGUAAUUCAAGGUCAUGUUUAAAGCAAACAAAAUUGUAGUUGAGGGGCGCGAAAAUGGUAGGGCAGGCGUAUAUUAUAUAGCAGAAAAAUACUACUUAAAACUUUUAAUGAUGUUAGAAACCUAAACAUCAUUACAUAGAUACUUUUUUUUAUAAUACAGAAUUGCGAUGAGUUUUCGCAGUAGCAGGUUGAAAGUGCCUGUCAUUGUUAUCUUGACAACAUCUGGUGAUAUUUUCUAGUUAUGCAUGAUGACUAAUAAUAAACCAAAAUAAAAAGUUUGUGAAAUUUGAAAUACAUCACAUGAAAUAUACUACAUAUUAUAUACUGUUAAGGACUUGAAUGUAUAUUGUGAUUGCGUGUUGUUUAGAGAUUAUGUGUGUUGUUUUAUCUAAUAUGCUUUGUAUCUUGUGAGGUAUUGUGUGAAAGGGGAUGUGAGUAUUAUUAUUGUUGUGAGUAGUGUGGUCUUGUGAGUAAUGGCAGUUGAGAUCUAGUUAAUAAAGAUACUGUAUUUUAAUAUUAAUAAUCAAUUGUUUGUGAAGUGAAUAUAAUUAACCCCUAGACAGAACGUAGCCAUCGAACCUUUGGGUAUUCAACCUGAAUAUUUUUUCAUGUAAUAUUUCUUGCUUAACUUAUACUAAGUCAAUCUUUACUCUUCCUUACUCUAUACUUAGUCACUUUCUUUUCCUACUUACUCUAUUUUUUUUUCUCAACACCAAGAUAGUCUACUUCUCCCUUCAAAUGAGUUCGUCAAACAUUAUCACUUUUAUCUAGCCUUUUCACCUGAAUGGCCAGUGGUCAUCUUUAGUCCAGGCAGGAGAUCAUACUACGACUUGGGAUACAGGUGUACCUAUAGAUGUCCUCAAGUAUGUUGGUGCCAAGUCUGUGUGUGUACCCAAUCAUUUGGUAGGCCACAUGAACAUUUAUGUGUACAUUUGUCAUUGACAAUGUCUGAAAUAAUUGUAUCUAAUUAAUGAAAAGGAUAAUACUAUGUGUCCAUCUAUUACUUUGUGUUAAUGGCUUAUAUUAUACAAUUUUAACUUCUACUCAAUUUCUACUUGAAAACUUACAGAUUUAUUUAUCAUUUUGUAUUGUUUCAAACACUUUGCAUUUACCAAAUAUUUGAUUAGUUCGCCAGGUCAGUUUCAUUUGAUGUUAUAAAAUAUUGGGCAAGAUCACUAGACGUAUGCCCAUCCCAUUGUCCAUGAUGGUAAUUUGGGCAAGAUCACCAGACUUAUGCCCUUACCAUUGUCCAUGAUUGUAAUUUGGGCAAGAUCUCCAGAGUAAUGCCCAUCCCAAUGUCCAUGAUGAUAAUUUGGGCAAGAUCACCAGACUUAUGCCCUUAGCAUUGUCCAUGAUGGUAAUUUGGGCAAGAUCUCCAGAGUAAUGCCCAUCCCAUUGUCCAUGAUGAUAAUUUGGGCAAGAUCACCAGACUUAUGCCCUUAGCAUUGUCCAUGAUGGUAAUUUGGGCAAGAUCUCCAGAGUAAUGCCCAUCCCAUUGUCCAUGAUGAUAAUUUGGGCAAGAUCACCAGACUUAUGCCCUUAGCAUUGUCCAUUAUGGUAAUUUGGGAAAGAUCUCCAGAAUAAUGCCCAUCCCAUUGUCCAUGAUGAUAAUUUGGGAAAGAUCACCAGACUUAUGCCCUUAGCAUUGUCCAUGAUGGUAAUUUGGGCAAGAUCUCCAGAGUAAUGUCCAUCAAAUUGUCCAUGAUCAUUUGGGCAAGAUCUCCAGAAUAAUGCCCAUCCCAUUGUCCAUGAUGAUUAUUUGGCUACAAUACAAUUUGAGACUUAAGUUAAAUAAAAAAUUUAAAAAAUCAUUUAAAAAGCUUGUGAUUUUUAGAAUAUGACAAUUAAAAUUGUCAUUCCAAAUUUCUUAUUCUAGAAAGUUCACCCAACCAUUAAAAAAACUCACAUAGACAGGAGGAUUCAGCGGUUGACAGAAGGGUCAAACUUGGAUUGGGCAACCGCCGAAGCCCUCGCCUUUGGUUCUCUGCUACAUCAAGGUAGGGUGCUCAACCCAAUGCAAGGUGCCUGGAAUACCUCUGCAUCAUAUCCACAUCUCAUCCAUGUCAUAUCCACAUCAUAUACUCGUCUUAUCCACAUCAUGUCCACAUAUCAUUCACAUCUUAUCCACAUCAUAUCCACAUCUUAUCCACAUCUUUUCAUCAUCAUAUUUAUAUCCACUGAAAUAAACCAACCUUUUAAUAUCAUUAACCAUAAGUUUUUAGAUUUUAUGCGGAAAAUAAAUUCUUAUUCAGAUUUCAUUUAAAUCCAUGUUUUUAUAUUCUUUAUGAUUAAGAUAUAUAAUACCCUGUUAACCAAAAAGUACAUAUAUUGAAUCCUUGCUUAUGUAAACAAAUACAGUUCUUUUUUUUUAAAAGUUGCCAGUUAAAAAAAAAAAAUGAAUAAUUUACUUUAAUUUUUAAAAUAAAAUUUUAAUAUUUAAAUUCUAAAUCAAAAUGUUUCCUUAUUUUAACUGAGCUAACUUAUCGAUACUGAUGAAUUGUCAGGAUUCAGUGUGAGAAUUAGUGGACAAGAUGUUGGACGAGGCACAUUUAGUCACAGACACUGCAUGAUAGUAGAUCAGGAGACGGAUGAUAUCUACAUACCACUGAAUGACGUCUCAGCAACACAGACUAAUUUCCUUGAGGUACCUGAUGGUAACUAUUAUUGGAGAGGGUGUUAAAAGUCGUAUGAUAAUUAUUUUGGGAAAAUAAAUGAAGGACUGCGUUCAAGCUUUCAGAAGGAAAUAGUCAAACAAGGUAUGUGGAAGUGAAAGCUGAAAUCGAAAGACAGGACAAUAAAAUAAAAAGAUAAGACAUAAAUACUUUCAUUUCCUUUAAUCUUGGUUUUGGAAAAUCCAACUUCCAGCAAGAACAAUGACGGCCACUUAAGUUUUUAUUUUGUUUUUAUUUCUUGUCGUAUUUUCAUUUGUACUGUGUGCUGAGGAAGGCUCUUAGCCAAAACGUUCACAUCUUAUUGCCCUGUCCUUAUUCAAGCUUCCACAUACCUUAUUCUACUACCUCAGUAUUUUGUGAAGAAUAUCACAUGUCUCAGGGUGAUUAUGAUUGGUAAGUAUUUGGUAUCACAGGAUGACUGUGAUUGAUGAGUUUGGUAGGUAUCACAGGGUGAUUGUGAUUGAUAGGUAUAACAGGGUGAUAGUGAUUGGUAGGUAUCACAGGGUGAUUGUGAUUGGUGAGUUUGUUAGGUGUCACAGGAUGACUGUGAUUGGUGAGUUUUUUAGGUGUCACAGGUUGAUUGUGAUUGGUGAGUUUGUUAGGUGUCACAGGUUGAUUGUGAUUGUGGAGUUUAUUAUGUGUCACAGGUUGAUUGUGAUUGGUGAGUUUGUUAAGUGUCAUAGGGUGAUUGUGAUUGGUGAGUUUGUUAGGUGUAACAGGUGGCUUAUGAUUUUUUGAGUUUUUGGUGUAACAGGGUGAUUGUGAUUGAACCAUGGCUCAUGGUUUCCCAUCAUAUUUUUGGGAAACUUAUCAAAAUAUUUAGAGAAAAAAUAUAUAUGUAUAUAAUGCUAUAAUUUAAUAAUUUAUUUAAUGAUAACUUUUUAGAUAUUUGAUCCUAGAUCCACCACAAACUUAAUCCUAGAUCCACCACAAAAAUCCUAGAUCCACCUCAAACUUAAUCCUAGAUCCACCACAAACUUAAUCUUAGAUCAACCAAAAUUUUGAUCCUAGAUCCACCACAAAGUUCCACCCUAGUUCCAACAAAAACAAUAGCUUCUUAUUCUAAGUUGACAUCAAAUGUUUAUUUAUUUGUUGUCAUAUAGAGGAGCUACAUUUUUCCUCAGGUAGCAAACAGUGUUCUGUCAGAAGAAGGUGUCUUAGGCUUUGAGUAUGGCGUGAGCAUUGAUCACCCAAACACAUUGGUUAUAUGGGAGGCACAGUUUGGUGAUUUCUUCAACGCCGCACAGACCAUCAUAGACACUUACGUCACUGCUGGAGAAUGUACGACAAUUAUUUUUUUAAAAAUAAUAGACCUCAAUGGACACUUUCGCCGACCAUAAUAGACACUUACGUAGAAUAUCAUAGACUCUUACGUCACUGCUUAAGUAUGUAAGACGGAUACAGCUGUAGAUUUAUCACUGCUGAAGUAUGUAAGACGGAUACAGCUGUAGAUUUAUCACUGCUGAAGUAUGUAAGACUGACACAGCUGUACAUUUAUCACUAAACAAUGAUAUUAAUGUUUAUAAAAAUGUUUUUUAAAUGAAUGGCACAAAUAAAUAUGCACUAAAAUAUAUCUGAUGACCAGCUGACCAAUUCAAUUAUUAUUAAUUUAAUUCUAUUUCCUUUAUUAUGAAUAUUUAAUGUUCAAUUUAUAAUUAGCUGGAGAAAGUAUUUAUUGUAUUAAGUGUAAUUAAACUGUUGCCUCCCCAUUAGUAAAGUGGCUGCUCCAGUCAGGCCUGGUGAUGUUGCUACCUCAUGGAAUGGAUGGAGCUGGACCUGAGCAUUCUUCUUGUAGAAUUGAACGCUUUUUACAGGUAUGUUAAUAGCGGUUUAUCCUUAACUCAUUCCCUACAAAUACAUCCACAUAUGACCUCACCCUCUUGCUAAUAAUACAAUAUGCACCUUCCUCACAAGAAGUCUUGUUUUUGUGUUAAAUAUUGCUAAGUCUUGUUUAUGUGCUAAAUAGUGCUAAGUCUUGUUUAUGUGCUAAAUAGUGCUAAGUCUUGUUUAUGUGCUAAAUAGUGCUAAGUCUUGUUUAUGUGCUAAAUAGUGCUAAGUCUUGUUUAUGUGCUAAAUAGUGCUAAGAUGUCUGUACUUAAAAACAAGGAAGUUAGGUGAUUUUUUUUUUAUAUUGAAUGUUUUUUAUUAUCUUGGUCUAGUGAAUUAUGUGCUGUAAAGUUGGUCUAGUGAAUUAUGUGCUGUAAAGUUGGUCUAGUGAAUUAUGUGCUGUAAAGUUGGUCUAGUGAAUUAUGUGCUGUAAAGUUGGUCUAGUGAAUUAUGUGCUCCAAAGUUGGUCUAGUGAAUUAUGUGCUGUAAAGUUCAUCUAGUGAAUUAUGUGCUGUAAAGUUUGUCUAGUAAAUUUGUGAUUGAGUAAAUAUAAAAAACUAUGAAAUUUAUAAAUUAAACUAUAUAAACUAUACAUUUUUUAAAUUUUAUUUUAUUUCUCAAUUUUUUUCAUUCUUUUUUUUUUUGAAAUGUCCUUAUUUUCAGUGGUUCAAGCAAUUAUUUUUAUAAUAUUAGGAUGCAUGUGCUUUAAAAUGAUCGAUCUUUGUCUAAUAUUAUAGGGCAGGCCUGCAAAACUCAAAAGGCGGGUCAUAAUACUUCAUGAAAACCUUGUGCGGGCCGAAAGAAAAUAGGACAGGGGGUGGGGAGAGCCAUUAAGAAAAUAAUAAUAAUAAAGAAUAUUUGGUUAUUUACGGGGUAGAUUUAAAGUGAAACGUUGCACCGUUACUCGGUAAGAAGUUUGUCGCAUUAAGGAGAUAUAUAUUGGAAGUGGAUGUUCUCAAGAUGUCUUCCAAAUGAUCAUCAGUCAAACAUGACGUUGCUUGCAUCUAUCAAUGUUUAUUAUUGGAAAUGUCCGUUCACAGAGAUAAGUGGUUCCAAAGACACUAAAAAGUUAUUAGUGCAACUUCGUAAAGAUUUUUUUACUUCACAUGGUCCAGAUUUUAUAAAAACUCCUGCAGGCUGCCUUCUCUGUGCUUGCUUCGGUAAAUUGCCGAUCAUUGUAGUUCGAUAACCUCCAGCUGCAAUUGAACUUGUAUGUCCUCGGGAUUCAUAAAAAAUGGAUCUUAAAUUAGUUUAAACUGAAUUUCCAUUCGGUAUUAAAAAUUCUGUACUCUAUCUCUAGUUUUCUCUUUCUGAUUUCAUUCGUGGCACUUAAAUAUUUCAAGUACACGUCUAUAAGUAUAUUACCGAACUAAAAGCACAGAAUAUCAAAACAACGCGAUACGUGAGUUCAACACAACACAAUUCUACACAAUAUUACAAAAAUAGUAAACGGCUACUCUGCACAGAGGACACUAAUUUUGAACACACUUAAGCUACCUAGUUGGUUAUGUUGAGUGAGAAUACAUACGCAAAGGAAACCUUAGUCAAUGUCCCUCGAGAAAGAGUAAUUGCUCAGGAAAAGCGUGCAUGUGCGAUUACAUAUUGUCACAAGGAAAGCAAACCUGUAGGGACUAUUUGCACAACGAUACAAAUUAGUAUAUCUAAUUUAAUUUGAUUCAAUUAAACAAAACAUUUAUUCUAAGUAUACGUGAGGAAUUUUUUUUUUUAAAUUGAUUAUUUAAAAAUUAAAUAAAUAUUAAUAGUAUUAUACUGUCUAUAUACGAAUAUAUCGUAAUAGUAUAAAUCAAUAAGCUGGGGAAUAUUAAUAUUAAUUUAUAAUAUGAUUUUUCACCAAAGUCUUCGCGGGCCACAAAGUUGAUGCUCAUGCGGCCGCCCCGCGGGCCAUAUGUUGUGCAGGCCUGUUUUAAGGGGUUGUUUCAGAGUUAAUGCUUAGUAGUGAAUGGGUUAAAAUUCAUGAGUAACUGAUUUUUUUUUCUUGAUAAAUGUAUUUUUUAUAAGUUUUAUAUUAUUAUUAAGAUUAUUUGUAUACAUGCAAGCAGCUUUCUAUAUCAUGUAAGUUGGGUUUUUUUACAUAUAAAAUCAUAAUUAAAUGAUGUCUUUUCCUGCUCAUUAUUAGUGAUUGUAAAUUUGAGAACAAAAUUAAUAAAAAUAAUUAAAUUAUAAAUUUAUAAACUAAUUAAUAACAACAAAUAAUUAUCUUUUGCUGCAGCAAUGUGAUAGCCGGGAAGAUGAAGUCGAUGGCGAUGAUGUGAACAUUCAAAUUGUUAAUCCUACCACACCAGCCCAGUAUUUCCAUCUCCUUAGGAGACAGGUAAAGAUGAGCGCUCUAUAGUGAGAUUAUUAUUAGCAUCUAAUAUGGAGUAAAAUAUUAACAAAUAAAUAAAUAUUCUUUCAUCUCCUCACCACUUAGAAAAGAUAACUUUCUGAUAAAACAAUAAUGUCAUACAUGCAGUGCGCAUGCAUGGUUAAAUAAAUCUCAUUUGUUUCAUAUUAUUUCUAUAAUUUCUUCAGAUGGUUCGUAAUUUUCGCAAACCAUUGAUUGUUGCUGCCCCAAAGCUGAUUCUUCGGUCGCCUGCCGCCACCUCAUCUUUGUCUGAAAUGGAACCAGGAACUCAUUUUCAACCUGUGUUAUCUGAUCCUGAUGUGUCUCCAUCAGAUGUUACCAGACUUGUGUUCUGCUCAGGCAAACAUUACUACGCUCUUUGCACUGAAAGAGAAAGUAGAGGAGCUAAGAAUGUUGCUUUUAUUAGAUUGGAGGUAAAAAAAAUGUCUUACAUAGUCUUCAUGGCUGAAUAUUUUUAUAUGAUUUAUUUGUAGUAAUGAUACAAAGUCAUUGUCCUAAGAGUUUAAACAGACAAAGUCAUUGUCUUAAGACUAAAUUUGAACACACAAAAUCAUUGUACUAAGACUAAAUUUAAACAAACAAAAUCAAAAUCAAAUUAACAUCGGAAACUUUUGUUAUUUUAUGCAUAAGCAACUGUAUAAACAGUGUCAAGAUGCCGCAUCUACAAACUGCUUACCCCCUUAUGCGUUAUUAAUCUUAUAAUUUUAUUUUUAUUCAGACCUUAAGUCUUUAGUGUGCUUUUGUUAUGAUAGAAAUCCUGCAAAUCGGAACGUCCUUCACCUUGGAUCUGUCGACAUAUAAAAAAAUGUUAACAAGGAUUACACUUAACAAAGUAAUACAAGGACAUCUCCAAAAGUUUAUACAAAGUAAUACAAGGACAUCUCCAAAAGUUUAUACAAAGUAAUACAAGGACAUCUCCAAAAGUUUAUACAAAGUAAUACAAGGACUUCUCCAAAAGUUUAUACAAAGUAAUACAAGGACAUAUGCAAAAGUUUAUACAAAGUAAUACAAGGACAUAUGCAAAGGUUUAUACAAAGUAAUACAAGGACAUCUCCAAAAGUUUAUACAAAGUUAUACAAGGACAUCUCCAAAAGCUUAUACAAAGUAAUACAAGAACAUAUGCAAAAGUUUAUACAAAGUAAUACAAGGACAUCUCCAAAAGUUUAUACAAAGUAAUACAAGGACAUCUCCAAAAGUUUAUACAAAGUAAUACAAGGACAUCUCCAAAAGUUUAUACAAAGUAAUACAAGGACAUCUCCAAAAGUUUAUACAAAGUAAUACAAGGACAUCUCCAAAAGUUUAUACAAAGUAAUACAAGGACAUCUCCAAAAGUUUAUACAAAGUAAUACAAGGACAUCUCCAAAAGUUUAUAUUUUCUCAAUGGAUUAAAACAGCACAUCAUCUAUUGGUAGGUUUCUUCCCACUUUUUACAGUUUUAAAAAAGCAAAUGCUGUUUUAUAAAAUAAACCAAGACAUGUAUUCUAGAAGUAAAAGAAUUUCAAUGUGUAUAAUAUCACUAUCUACAAAUUAGAUUUAUGUAUACCACUUAAUAUUAAAUUUUAAGGCGUAUAAUAUCUCUGCUGCAAAGUAGUUUUAUGUAUAUCACUUAAUAUUACAUUUUAUAAACAUGAAUUGUGUUGAGUGCUGUAGAUAUGUUUGGCUGUGUUGAGUGCUGUAGGUAUGUUUGGCUGUGUUGAGUUCUGUAGAUAUGUUUGGCUGUGUUGAGUGAUGUAGGUAUGUUUGGCUGUGUUGAGUGCUGUAGGUAUGUUUGGCUGUGUUGAGUUCUGUAGAUAUGUUUGGCUGUGUUGAGUGCUGUAGGUAUGUUUGGCUGUGUUGAGUUCUGUAGAUAUGUUUGGCUGUGUUGAGUUCUGUAGAUAUGUUUGGCUGUGUUGAGUGCUGUAGGUAUGUUUGGCUGUGUUGAGUUCUGUAGAUAUGUUUGGCUGUGUUGAGUGAUGUAGAUGUUUGGCUGUGGUGAGGGAUGUAGAUAUGUUUGACUGUGUUGAGUGAUGUAGAUAUGUUUGACAGUGUUGAGUGAUGUAGAUAUGUUUGACUGUGUUGAGUGAUGUAGAUAUGUUUGGGUGUGUUGAGUGAUGUAGAUAUGUUUGACUGUGUUGAGUGAUGUAGAUAUGUUUGACUGUGUUGAGUGAUGUAGAUAUGUUUGACUGUGUUGAGUGAUGUAGAUAUGUUUGGGUGUGUUGAGUGAUGUAGAUAUGUUUGACUGUGUUGAGUGAUGUAGAUAUGUUUGACUGUGUUGAGUGAUGUAGAUAUGUUUGACUGUGUUGAGUGAUGUAGAUAUGUUUGGGUGUGUUGAGUGAUGUAGAUAUGUUUGACUGUGUUGAGUGAUGUAGAUAUGUUUGACUGUGUUGAGUGAUGUAGAUAUGUUUGACUGUGUUGAGUGAUGUAGAUAUGUUUGACUGUGUUGAGUGAUGUAGAUAUCUUUGGCUGGUCAUUGGAUGCUCCCUGUAUUGUUCAUUUGUCUGCUCUAUCAUUCCCUGGUAUAUUGUGAUGCACUGGUAUAUUGUGAUGUCCUGGUAUAUUGUGAUGUUCUGGUUAGAGACCGACCGAAAGUGAUUUUCUGAUUUCGGCCGAAGCCGAAAAUAGGCCGAAAAUUUAAAAUGAAUUUCGCCAAAACCGAAAAUAGGCCAAAAGUUUUAAAAUGACUUUCGGCCGAAACCGAAAAAAGGCCGAAAGUUAAAAAUGACUUUCGGCCGAAAAUGAAAUAUUUAGAUAUUUUGAAAUUCGUUCCCGCAUACAUUCUGCAUACAUCGAAAAUUAUGGGGGAAAGUAUAAAUAUUUACAUUCUUUUUAUAAAAAAGUGAGAUAAUCAUAAAUAUUAAUAAAUAAACAUCUAAUAUAACAUCUUGUUGUUAAAGAUCGUUAUGUUUGUUAUUAAAUAUCGCUUAGUUUGUUGUUAAAGAUCGUUCAGUUUUGUGUUAAUGAUCGCUUUAUUUGUUCUUAAAGAUCGGUUAGUUUGUUCAGAAAGAUCGCUUAGUAUGUUGUUAAAAAUCGAUUAUUUUGUUUUUUAAGAUCGCUUAGUUUGUUCUUAAAGAUCGCUUAGUUUGUUCUUAAAGAUCGCUUAGUUUUUGUUUAAAGAUCAUUUAGUUUGUUAUUAAAGAUCAUUUAGUUAAAAUAGUUCAUUUUGUUUGUUAAGAUUGCUUAGUUUUUUCUUAAAGAUCGCUUAGUUUUUGUUUAAAGAUCUUAUAGUUUGUUAUUAAGGAUCAUUUGGUGUGUUCAAAAAAGAUAAUUAAGUUUUUCAUAAAGAUCACUUAGUUUGUGUUAUUAAAAGAUCGUUCAAUUUGUUCAUAAAGAUCAUUUAGUUUGUUCUUAAAGAUCGUUUAGUUUGUUCUUAAAUGUCGCUAGUUUAUUGUUAAAUAUCGAUUUCGCCGAGUAUUAGAUGACUGAAAUCUCUGUCACUUUCGGCCGAAACCGAAAAAAAACACAAAGUUAACUUUUCUCUUUCAGCGAAACCGAAAUUAAGCUGGAAGUUAACUUUCAGUUUCGGCCAAAACACAGGCUUUGAUAGAUAAGGUUAUGUAGGCCUUGAUAAAGGAGGUUACACAGGCCUUGAUAGAGGAGGUUACCCUGUCCUUGAUAGAGGAGGUUACGCAGGCUUUGAUAGAGGAGGUUACGCAGGUCUUGAUAGAGGAGGUUACACAGGCCUUGAUAGAGGAGGUUACACAGGCAUUGAUAGAUAAGUCCACGCUUAAGGGUUGUGAUUAUUAAUUUGUUUUAAAUAUGACCUGUAAGUCUCUUGCAGUUCGAGUUUUAUUUUGUAAAAAAAUAUCAUUUGUAAAUUCCCCAGAGCCUUUGCCCAUUUCCAACCAGUGAAUUACAAGGUGUCCUCAAUCUGUAUCCAAAGAGCAAGGAGUUUAUCUGGAGUCAAGAGGAGCACAGAAAUAUGGGAGCUUGGACAUUUUUAGCAUCACGCUUUGAGAAUCUUGUUGGGUGCAAUGUAAGUCUGUCUUAUAGCACUGUUUGUUGGCCGCAAUGUCAGUCUGUCUUGUAGCACCGUUUGUUGGGUGCAAUGUAAGUCUGUCUUAUAGCACUGUUUGUUGGCCGCAAUGUAAGUCUGCCUUAUAGCAAUGUUUGUUUGGGUGCAGUUUGUUUAAGUUUUUGUAACACUGUUUGUGAAUCCAAAUAUUUCACCUGUCCACCAAAUAUCACACCUGUCCACCAAAUAUUACACCUGUCCACCAAAUACAGACCUGUUUACUCUUACGAUUUUGGCGUACAAUGUACGAUUUUGAGGUGUAAACAUUGUAUAUAAUGUAUGCUUAUUUUUACUAUAAAUAUACGGUAUUGAACGAUUUUGUGAUAAUAUUGUACGAUUUUAAGAGUUUGAGGGUAAACAGGUCUGCAAAUAUCAUACCUGUUCACCAAAUAUCACACCUGUCCAUCAAAUAUCACACCUGUCCACCAAAUAUCACAACUGUUCACCAAAUAUCACACCUGUCCACCAAAUAUCACACCUGUCCACCAAAUAUCACACCUGUCCACCAAAUAUCACACCUGUCCACCAAAUAUCACACCUGUCCACCAAAUAUUACAACCGUUCACCAGCUAGAUGUAGGUGUUAAAUUUUUGUCUUUUCACUAAAUAUACCAGCUUAAUUGUGGUGAUUAGUGUGUUUCACUAUCUUUAGCCGGUCUGAAAUCAGAUGGUUUAAAAAAUGUGCACAAAAAAAAUGUAUCUUAAAACUGGGGCCUUAUAAGGGUCCUUGAUAGUAAGAAAAUAAUUUGUAUUAUCCUAAAACCAAACUUAAAAUUCAUUGGUUCAUAAGCUUCACCAGAACCAUCAGAAUUAGAGAGUGGUGAUUAUGGGUCUUGUUUAGAGGCUUCACCAGAACCAUCAGAAUUAGAGAGUGGUGAUUAUGGGUCUUGUUUAGAGGCUUCACCAGACAAUGAGAGAGUGUUGAAGCCUAAGAUCAACACUUGUACAAAUAAAGGUGGAGUACCGUACAAAUAAAGGUGGAGUACCGUACAAAUAAAGGUGGAGUACCAAACAAAUAAAGGUGGAGUACCGUACAAAUAAAGGUGGAGUACCGUACAAAUAAAGUACCGUACAAAUAAAAGUGGAGUACCUUGUUAUUUGAGGGUGCAAAUUUAAGGUUGAGGGUGCAAAUUUAGGUUACAGUUUAUUGACGAAAUUAUUAAAGGAUAAAACAAAUGCACAUUAAUUUGAUAUUGAUAGUUUUAUUUAACUUGAUUUUUCCUCUUUCCAAGAAAUUAAUUUGAUAUUUAUAGUUUUAUUUAACUUGAUUUUUCUUCUCUUUCCAAGAAAUUAAUUUGAUAUUUAUAUUUUUACUUAACUUGAUUUUUCUUCUCUUUCCAGCUUAAAUAUGUUGGCAGGCAAGUCCUGGGAACACCAGCUGUUGGCAUUGGUGAACUUCACAAGCAGGAGAUUGCUGAAUUAAUGAACAAUACUUUCUCUUAGAGUUACAUUUUCCCUGCAUGAACUGAAAAAAAUGUUAAUGGCUUGGUGUGGUUAUUUCAAUAUUUGGCCGGAAGCGAUUUGCUGUUGAUGAGUGUUAUUAUAGAAUUAGCUUAUUUUUCUUAUAACGCAGCUGUUUGUUGUUUUUCCUUCUCCUGAGGAUCUUACAGUUAAUGUGUUGCAUGGUUUGGUUUUAAAAUUCAACUUAUUAUAGGAGAAUUUUACCUGUGCUGUGAAGAAAAAUUCACAUUUCUCUAUACACUUAUAACAUUAAAAAGUUAUAUUACAACAGGAGAUUUUGUAAAACUUUUAAAUUUUAAGAAUAAUAUUUAAAUUUAAAGAAGAUGUUUUUGUAUUUUAUGUACACUGAUACCAUUGAUAAAAAUAUAAAAAUGAGAUUAUAUGAAAUUGAUUAUUAAAACUACUAAUAAUUUAUUUAAAAUUAUAUGAUUUAUUUGAUUAAAUUAUGUGUUGGAAAAAUUAAUUUCUUAGUAUGAGUAAAAGUAUAAAAGCUUUAAAUGGAUUUAUGCUCCAACACUAGUCUACACAGUUAACUGCAUUGUCAGUUUUUUUGCAGGCCAAAAUGUUAAGUUUUAAUUUUGUAUUGCAUUUAUUAGGAAACUAUUUUUAACCAGAAUUAACAAGUAAAGAACUUUUAAUCAUUAAAUCCAAUUGUCCAAUUCAAUUAAAAAUCCCUCAAUCGCAAGUUAAGCUAUUUUCUUUUUACUUAUGUCUCAAACCAUUCUUCUCUAAUCAAGUUAUGAUGUAUUUAGUCAAGGUAUGAUGUAUUUAGUCAAGGUAUAAUGUAUUUAGUACUUUCCUCAAUGUUAAAAUCUAGUCUGUGGGGCCUAGAAGCUUCAUCUUUUUGCUAAGUGUCAACGUUUCAGACACAGUAGUAUUGUUUAGUAUUGUUUAGUCCUGUUAAGGAAAAGUUUAUGCUAAAAUAACAUGGGCCCAAAAAUAGGCAUUUUAUGAGCCUAAACAUUAAUUAUGGAGAAUUUCUAAUUUGUGUACCUAGUUCCUCCUCAUUGUUCAAGAAUUUAUUUUGCACAUUGUUUAGUAUUUAUUCUUCCAGUAUACAGAAUAUAUUUUGACUUUUCAAUUUCAUGCUUAAAUUGCACUACCAUUUAUUGCUGCCCAUGUUAAGUAAAUUACCUCCCAUGUUAAGUAAAUUAUCUGCCAUGUUAAGUGAGAAAAAGAAUUUACUAUGCUUAAUUUACUAUGAUCAUUUUCUUUAACAUAUUCGCACUGUAUUUAAAUUAAAAUAAAAACUUGUAAGGGGGCAUCAUGUUUGAUCGCAGCAGUGAAUGAAAAGUCAGGCAUACACAGUUUAAUUGUAACAUUUCAUUUUGGGGACUAUUUUAUUUUGAAGUAAAAUAGGUUCAAUUCAAAAUAAAUUACUAUUGAAUAAAACUGUUAGUUUAUUUGUUAAUUCUGUAUUAAAUUGAUAGCUUAACAAUAACAGAUUUAAUUUUGUUCUCCUUUGUUGAGAAGGUGGGUAAUAACAUAACUGCUGGAUGAAACAAUAAGAAAGCUGUCAUCAAUUUCACCAUACACCUAAAGACAAGGUUUUCUGU